UUAGCACCGCCGAGCAUGCCCGACGAUUGGCUAAGGAGUUGGGGAGAAAACCAUUGAUGCCUGAGCUGAUUUCGAGGACCCGGACAAGGAGAUCGGGAGGUUUUGUCGACGAGCGCACGAAGUUGUAUCUUGAAGAUUAUGAUAGGCGACUUGCCAUUUUUCUGGAAAAUAAUCCUCAAUUCAUGCCAGCAGAGGGGGAGCCGCUAAAUGCGGAUGUUGAUCACUAUAUCUGGUGUGAGGUUAUUAAAGAAAAAGGACCUAAUGGUUGCUUUUUUGGUGCUGGAAAUUUGGCGGCCAGCUAUAGACGUGGUGACCGCAAUCUGUUUCAAAGACUUCAGGAUGGAGAGGGUGGAUCGCGUCAACCAAAUCUGACACAGGAACAAACUGAAUUAGUAAGGCAAUUGGCGAGACGCGAAAGUGAGGCCCAGAUCGAGAUGAUAGGGAGUACAUUAUUAUCCAGCCACAGGAUUCGCAGACGUGGACCUCCUAGUUGGGAAGUUGUUGUUCUUGGGAAUAGGCUCAUUAAAUGCCUUUUUGGAAGUAGUAUUGUAAAUGUGGGAGUGUAA